AUGCGUGGUACCGAUCGGGUUUCCGGUACGGAUCGGGUAGCGACAGUCGUGAUGGACUACUGUCCAGGAGGAAGUCUUGCUGAUAAAAUAGAAUUAAACCCGCCUGAGUCUCCACAGGAGUCAGAGAUACUAAACUGGAUUGUUGAGAUCUGUGUGGCUCUGAAAACCAUUCAUGAAGAAGCUUUGUUUCACAAACACCUGACACCAAAGAAUGUUUUGCUCAAUGAAUUUGGACUGGUGCGUUUGAGUGGAUUUGGAAACAUCAAUGAAAGUUCAAACAGUCCAUCCAGCACAAAUCCAAAUGCAACAUUAAAUUACCUGGCACCUGAGGUCUUCACAAAAGGUGAAUAUGAUGCCAAAAGUGACAUCUGGGCAGUGGGAUGCAUACUUGUUGAACUCUGCACUAAGAAGAAAGCAUUCUCUGCUGAGAAUACAAUCAACCUCAUUCCAAAGAUAAUUAAUGGUGUCUGCCCAACUCUCCCAAGCAACUUUUCACCAGAGCUUGGUUAUCUCUUAAGUGACCUUCUGAAGACAGACCCUAUGGCUAGACCAACUGCCAAUGAGGUCUUGGCGCAUCCCAUUGUGCUAAAGUGUCUAACAACAAAGUGCAAGACAACAGUCAAUGAACUUCAAGCCAAGCUGAAAGAUCUGAGGGCCCUGGCUGAUGGUUUGGAACGCGUUCACGAGGGCACAACUAUCGGCAGUCUGACUGGAGGAGUGAUUGGAGCAGUGGGUGGGAUUACAUCCAUUGUGGGACUUAUACUGGCACCAUUCACUUUGGGAGCUUCACUCAUUGUCACAGGAGUUGGUGUAGGUGUUGGUGCUGUAGGUGGAGUCACUGCUGGGGCCUCAAACAUCACAAAUAUGGUCAACCAGUCCUCUGAUCGCAAAGCUAUUCACAGCAUGAUUAAAGAGUUUGACCAGAAAACUAGAGCAGUGGUCACCUGGCUGUUGGAGAUUAACAUUAGUUUGCAAACCAUCAGCAACCAUUGCCCCCAAGUAUCUGACACUGACAGCAACUUAAAAAAGCAAAACCUGAUGAGGCUUGGCUUCAGGGCAGGAAGAGGCUUAGAUGGCAUCACUGAACUAAUCAGACUGGGUUCAGUGGUGACCAUUGGAAAGAUUGCUGCACAAACGUCAAGGGCAGUGCGUGCAGCUGAGGUAGUAUCAGGUAUAUUUUCUGGUUUAUUUGUGGCAGUGGAUAUUUUUUUCAUUGCAAUGGAUGCAAGGGAGAUUCACCACAUCAGGGGAGCAAAGGAAGCAGAGAAGCAAGAUGCACCUUCCUCUAGUUCAGGGUCUAAACCUGAUGGCAAUGACUCAUUUGAUACGUCGAAGUUAUUGUUCAACACAGAGAUGCAAGAGUGCGACACAACAGAAACAUCUGAAACAGAAGAUCAGUCUGGCUCAAACAAAGCUGAAAUCAGAUCUGAGAUCAUGAGAUUUGUUCACUCAGUCAGAGAAGCAGCAGACAACUUGGAAGAAGUUCUCAAAGAACUUAAAAAAAUGGCCUCCUCUGUCUCAUCAUUAUAUGAAGAGAGUGAGCUGGAGGAGGAACUCAUGUAACUAAGUGGUUACAUUUUAUUUGAUGAGAAUCACAUCAAGUCACAGAAAAAAAGCCAUUUCCAUCAAUCCUUCCAUCAUUAUGAGCAGUAUGUUAUUGGGGCAGCCAGAUGGGGCCAAUGAAAUCUUGAAGAUGGCACAAAAGUUUGUCCUUGUUGUAACUGUGGGACAGUUUAAGCCGGGAGUACACUGUGCUACUUUGAUUUAGGGGUGAAUUUUGUAUCAUGUAGUAUACAGGACAUUUGCAACUCAUAACCAGCUCCCGAUCAGCAAUUGAGCGGGCACAUUAAUUUCAAACAUGUUUGAUAUCUUGCUCAUUCCUCGUGAGGGUUUCACAUUGUUGAGGCAGCAGUGUGACCCAAAAUGUAGCAUAACCGCUCACACAGAACAUAUGCAUACACGGCUGCCCAGCUAUUUCUGUGUCUACACACAUUGUCUUUUUAAUUUUACACUUUUCUCCACACAAGCAUUGCCAAGAAAGCAUGUUCUGGUGUGUUUAUGUCAAAUAAAACACAUCUGAAAA